AGCAGCAACGUCUACAAAAUUUUGUUUAGUAUAAGUCUGCUGCAUGGGUGGUGAAUUGCCCUUCCUUCGGCCCAUAAAAAGCCCAAGUACGAUUGCUUUAUGCAAACCUGUGUCGUAUCUACAGCAAAAAGCAUGCAUGCAUCCGUAUAAAAAAAGAAGAGCAAAGCAAAUCGGCGACAAGAAUUCAAUAAUUUCUCCGUUCAUCAGAAAACCUCUUCAUCCAUGGCUACUUCAUUACGUGCUAAUGGUAGUUUAAGAUUCACACCACAAUCCCCAUUAGAAACAUCAAAAGUUUUUACUCCAAGAACCAAAACCCUAAAGUUUCUAAACCCACGAAACCCUAAUUCAACAACAAGGUUUGCAGGAAUUCGUGCAGAAUCAUCACAAACAGUUGAUCAAGCAGCUCCAUUAACAGGUAAUAAACCUUCUUCAAGCUCCUCUACUGAUGCAAUUGAAAAAUUCCUUAAAAGGGAUUAUAAAUGGGGAUUUGCAUCAGAUAUCGAGUCUUUUUCAAUACCUAAAGGAUUAUCAAAAGAAACAAUUAGAUUUAUUUCUGCAAAAAAACAAGAACCUGAAUGGAUGCUUAAAUUUAGGUUAAAUUCUUAUAAAGAAUUUUUGAAGAUGGAAGAACCGCAUUGGUCUGAUAAUAUAUACCCACCAAUUGAUUUGCAGAAUAUUUGUUAUUACUCUGAACCAAAGAAGAAACCUACUUUGAAUAGUUUAGAAGAAGCUGAUCCUGAGCUUCUUAAGUAUUUUGAGAGAUUAGGGGUUCCAUUAAGUGAACAAAAUAGGUUAGCUAAUGUUGCUGUUGAUGCAGUGUUUGAUAGUGUUUCCAUCGCUACGACACAUCGAGAAACUUUACUAGCUAAAGGUGUCAUCUUUUGUUCAAUAUCUGAAGCAAUCAGAGAGUACCCAGAUUUAGUUCAGAAAUAUUUAGGUAAAGUUGUUCCCCCUUGUGACAACUAUUUUGCUGCACUGAAUUCUGCUGUGUUUAGUGAUGGGUCAUUUUGUUAUAUCCCCAAGAAUACGGUUUGUCCGAUGCCAAUUUCAACUUAUUUCCGAAUAAAUGCUAUGGAGACUGGGCAAUUUGAGAGAACCAUCAUAAUUGCAGAGGAAGGGAGCACGGUGGAAUACUUGGAAGGGUGUACUGCUCCAGCUUAUGACACUAAUCAGCUUCAUGCUGCUGUGGUGGAGCUUCACGCUGCAACGGAUGCAGAGAUUAGAUACUCAACUGUGCAGAAUUGGUAUGCUGGGGACGAGGAAGGGAAAGGUGGGAUUUAUAAUUUUGUCACGAAGCGUGGCAUUUGCAAAGGUGACCGUGCUAAGAUAUCUUGGACUCAGGUUGAGACGGGAUCAGCGAUUACUUGGAAGUAUCCGAGUGUUAUUAUGGAGGGGGAUGAUUCUGUGGGAGAGUUCUAUUCACUCACAAUAACCAAUAACCAUCAGCAAGCUGAUACAGGGUCUAAGAUGACACACAAGGGAAAAAGAACAAAGAGUACUAUUAUCUCUAAGAGUAUUUCGGCAGGAAAUUCGAGGACUACUUAUAGGGGGGAAGUAAAAGUACUUACAGGUGCUGUUAACUCACGAAACUUUACGCAAUGUGAUUCGAUGCUUUUAGGAGAUGCUAGUGCUAAUACUGACCCUACUCAAGAGCAAAGCAACACCACAUCUAAGUUGGAGCAUGAAGCUUCAGUCUCUCAAAUCGGUACAGAUCAACUAUUCUUCUUUAAGCAGAGAGGAAUUGGUCAAGAAGCGGCCGUCAAUGUCAUGGUUUCCGGGUUUUGUGGGGAUGUUGUUAAAAAGCUUCCAGCUGAAUUUGGUGCCGAAGUGAACGAGCUCUUCAGCUUGAAACUCGAAGGCUCUGUUGGGUAAAUUAUACAACAGUUAAAGCCUCAACAAGAAGAUAACUUAUAUGGGCAGUUUUGAAUGAAGAUUAUGUAUCAUUUGAUUUUGUAAACCAAUGCUUAAGGAUUCAUCCUGAAGCUUCAGGUGAUGGUUUUAAGAAUGCAACUGAUAUUACUAGAAUCAAUGGACAAACAUCAAAAAAAUUUAUUUU